GACAGUAAAAGGACAUAGGCAUGGCUGAUUUCACCUGGUAUGUACUGUUCUUCAAUAGUUUGUGUUUUGUGUUGUUGGCACAAGCUUCAGAUUCUCAUGUCGACAUUUAUAAAAGAGUUGGUGAUUCAGUGACCCUGCAGUGUAACAUGACCAAAAUCUACACAAAAUGUUCCUCGGUCACAUGGAUCUACGCCAGAGACAAAAUGGCGACGAUAAUCGAGUUAGUGGAUAAAGGAAGUUUGAGACAAGAUCUCAGUGGAUCCAAAGCCUCAAGACUGAGUUUGCAGCCUGACUGUUUUCUGAAUAUCAGCGAUAUUAACGUUGGAGACGCUGGACGCUACACUUGUCGGCAGUACGAUUCACUUAGAAAAAAACAUGGAGAGGAUGAAACCAUUGAUCUCUCUGUUCUCUCUGGGAUCACUCAGGAGGACAACUUCACGUGUACUCUGCAUAGCGUUGUCAGAGCAUGUGGGGGUGUCAGUCUGAGAUGGUCAGACCAGGGGACAAGCGACCGGAUAAGUCAGGAGUCCCCGGGGCAAUGUGUCGUCCGUCGGCCGAAAACGCAACCCCUCGACAGCUCAGGGCUCCGCUGCCUUCUGAUGAAAGACGGCGUUUAUAAGACAUCAGUUGGCUUUUCUUCAAAGGAUCAGAUCAUUCACACUCAAACUAACAUCCCCCCCAGGGCCCCUGGGGGUACGGGGCAUAAGGAGCUCCCCAUCUACCUGGCUGUAGCAGUGAGUACAGUGCUACUGGUUCUGAUUGUUGCUGUUCUAGUACUCAAACGCAAGAAGAGCACAGGAAACAAGCAGAGCCCCCCAAUGUGUGCAGAAGACCCCAACACGAUGGGGUCCCCGGGGCAGGGGGAGCCAACCCAACGCCUGUCCUACGACCAGGGUGAGCCGGACGGGGGUCUGCUCUACGCCUCCAUUGAACACAGGACUGGUAGUGGGAAGGCCCGGCCCCCCAGUGUGGAGGAGGGGGGCUGUGAGGGGGAUGAAACAGUCACCUAUUCCACCGUUUCAAAGCCCCCCACUAACCUCCCUGAGCAUUCAUGCAGCAGAUAAACAGAAUCAGAUUUCUAAUUAAUCAGAAGUGGAAGUUUAAUUGUAAAUAUUUUUUCAUCCCAAAAGCUGUGAAUAGAUAAUUCUGUUUCAUGUAAAGAGUAUCAUAGUUAUAUUUCUAGAAGCCUGACAUUACGUUGGAGUUCUUUUGUUGUUGUAAAAUAACCAUGAUCUUCAAGUCCUGCUUCACCGACUUUUAGUUGUGAUGUCUGUAUGAACUGAACUUUAAAUUACUUGCAGAAAAUAUAUAAUCAGAAACUCUUAAUAAUGUAAAAUGAUAUAUCGUCCAAAUUAUUUAACCUUGUUCACAUUAUUACUUUGUUGUAUACGGGGAAUGGGUGAACCUAGCGAUUGUUAGUGCUUUGCACAUGGUUCUAUGAACAUCCUUACUGUACCGUCAGCCAUAUAUUGUUUUACCUUCUGACAAAUGUACUUAUUGUAAGUCGCUUUGGAUAAAAGUUUCUGCUAAAUGCCCUAAAUGUUAAUGUAAAUGUUACUUUUUUAAAAGGCCUUUAUAUAAAUUGCACAUAGAGAUAGCUUCAUUUCUCGAAUUGAAAAGUGUAAAGUUAUUUAGUAUUCGAAUAGCCCUGGCAUUCUCCUGACUACUUUUGGUUGAUUUCUUAUUCCUCAAACCUUAUAAUAAUAUUCUAUCGUCUCAUUAAAUAUUCUAUGUCAAUCGCUGUGUGUGUCUUUCCCAUGAUCAAGCUUUA